AUGGCUGAGAUUCUAGUGCAGCAGAAAAGCUCCAUGAUGAAUGUGUCUAUUCCAGAACAGAAUGUCUCAUUGAUCUACCGAGACUUGUACCCCAUCGCAGUGGCCAAGAAUGUGAUCGUUAUCAUUUUGGGCCUGAUCAUAAACUACAUCAAUGGGAUGCUCAUUCACGUAUUCAAAAAGCACCAGAUGUUUUAUGCCACACCUCGGUACAUCCUCUUCAUCCAUCUUGUGGUCAAUGAUAUGAUCCAGCUCACAUCAUCUAUCACUUUAUAUGUCAGUAGUUAUGUUUUCUACCAAAUCAAUACCUCUAUAUGUGGUAUAAUCCUUUGUUUUGCCAUAUACACCACUCUGAACUCCCCAGUUAACUUGGCAGUCAUGGCAGUAGAGUGCUACAUUGCCAUAUGCUUUCCAUUACGGCAUUCUGAAGUAUUUAAUGUCAAGACAGCAUACAUAUUGAUUGCAUGGAUUUGGGUUAUGAGUUCAAUUGGCAUUGUGCCUGACCUCUUUUUACUCAUCGCCACAGAGCCAAGGGAGUUUUUUUUGACAACAAUGUACUGCGAGAGAAAUCGCUUUUUCCGACACCCAACCAGCAUUAAAAAACGUGAAGUGUUAUACAUAAUCUACCUUGUUGGAGUUUGGAUUACACUCUUUUACACAUACAUCCACAUUUUUAUUGUGGCUAAAGCUGCAAAGGCCUCAAGUAGGGAUACAAAAAAAGCAAAAAACACUAUCUUGCUUCAUGCUUUUCAAUUGCUCCUGUGCAUUCUGACCUACGUUUUUCACUUCAUAGUGAGUUUAAUUGCUUACCUUUUCCCCAGAAAUUUCAUACAUGCCAUGUUUGUGACUUACAUAUUUAUCCAAAUCUUGCCGAGGCUUGUAAGCCCCAUUGUAUACGGCCUGAGAGACCAAAUGUUCAGACACAGAUUGAAAAAGCAUCUUUUUUGUGCUAUUUAG